CAUUUCCACUGGUAGCAGAGUGGGGUGUGCUUCGUCUCUCGAUUUUCUCGGUCCUGUCGCUUACGGUGGCUUUCCCUGUCGCGUCCUUUCGCUCGGUGGUUGUUUCGUUCCAGUAAAUACAUCGUCGAUGGACUAACGUAAAGAAUACGCGCGGUUCGUAGUGUGUCCAGGAGCAUCGGCUCUCGCCGAUCUCCUCGCGGAUGGGAUUAAAAUUGACGAUCGUCGUCCGAUCACGAAUUGUCGCUCGAUGAUCCACCGCGACUCGUCGGCUCGCGGUGUGUUUACCAGUUCGAUGGAUGUUACCAGAGUGAGUCACGGUGUCUCGUGCGAGUCUCGUCGUUCGUACGUAUCAGUGAAUUUCCCUCGAACAUCGAAAGCAUCGAAAGAUUGAGAAAGAAUGAGACGAGGGACAGAGGCAGAAGCAGAAGCUGCCAGCCGCGAAUUGGGUUACGUCCCGUUCGCCUGGCAACGAUAUAUGACGCAACGGCCACCCUUCGCAAGUACCGACGAUCCUCGUAAUCUUUACAUGCCGCUGUAACUGCGGCAGGACACUCUGAUCGAGACUAGGCGAGUGUCGUGCAGCACAAGACACGCGGAAAGAAAACUCGAAGUGCGUUCCAUGCGACCAGAUAUCCCCCACCGUCGUCCGCGUCCACUCGAUUGCGCAGCUAGUUUUGGAGGUUAGCCGAUCACGAUUGAGAAACCUCAACGAAAGCGACACCCACCGAGCGAGCCAGCCGGAUCAGCUGUUUCCCAGGACGACCUUUCGACAACUACCCUAGGUAGCCCAAAUGCCAGUCCAGCACGCGAGCUUUCUGAAAAGCACCGUCUCGAGAGCUCCUUCGUACGAGCGUGAACGGAGGAAAGACGAUGUUGUCGUACAUGUUGCCGACGGACGACAAGCCGCCACCGGGAGACACGAAUCAGGCCAACCAUCGCGCUAGUAAGUUGCAGAAGAGUCCGAGAGAACGUACCCAUCUGGUCUCGAAGCCGGCGAGCGCCGUUUCCUCGAGGAAUCACGCUGACACCGCCAGAACGAUGAUCGUCUCGACGAAGAUCGAGGAACACGCCGACGACCGGCAGCAGCAACAGCAGCAGGGACUUCCGGCGAUCGAGAGCCCGAAGCACAACGGUACCGUGGCGAAGAAAUCGACGCUGCACACGUCCAAGGUGACCAAAGACGACAGUCUGUACAGCAUCAACAGCGACGCCAGCACGGUCGGUAGCGAUCGGAAGACGAAAAUCUUCAACGGGGCGAAGCACACUAGUCUAAAAAGAGUCUCCUUUGGUUCGAGCAAAGGAUCGAUGGUAGAGACUUUGGUAUACGAGACUCCCGUUCAAGAGGAGCCAGAGAUCAAUCGUUUUUUGGACCACAACGGACGCUUACCUUCCUUGAUCGCGUCAGUGCCCGAUACCAACCAAGGUAGGGAAAUGGUACGCGUGUCGUUGCUUGGCCCACAACCUUCACCGACAAUACCCGGCGUAUUUCAGGUGCAGCCUAUCGCGAUAUCGAGGACUCAACCAAUCGACAUGGACCCCGUUCCGGCCGAACUCUUGACCACUCACACCGAACACACAGCUCCUGCCUAUCACACGCAAAUCAGCACGGACAGCGGUUGGGAUAAUCCGUUCAGACCGGAUGGGGACCUUUCGAGGGAGGCAGACGAGAUAGUGGAAUUGAUAAAAGGUGGAAAACCCAUCACACCGACCCCUGGGCAAACCGCUCCGCCGUUGCCAGGAUGCGACACCGUCACCAGCAACGCGCAAACCACGGUCGACCACGACUCCAGUUCCAGCCCUUUGCUGAAGUCUUCCGUGAACUCGACCAACCGACACGCCAACUCCUCGCCGAAACCCGGCCAGGAAAACGGAAAAGCUCACAGUACUCCGAUCAAAACAGCGACCGCGAACAGUCAGCAGCCCGUCAACGAUAAGGUUGCCGCGGCGUCGAGGGCAGCGACCGUCGAAGUGGCCAGAAUGACGGCACAGGGACCGGGCGACGCUUCGCAGGUCGAACACGUCACCUUGAAAAAGAAGCCUAAAUGCAAAUGUUGUGUUCUGUAAUAAUGGACGAGAGGCAAACACGGAUGUCUCAACGACCGGACGACAAUUGUCGCGACGAUCGCGUUCGACGUGCACGCCGUGUUCACGGUCGGCGUUUCUGGAACGGGUCGUCGUCGAGUCGCGACCAGCGCCGUGAAAAACGACGGAUAUCCUCCCGUCGUGCGCACGCUGCCCCGGGGACGAGCUUCCUGGAGAAACGGGGGAACGCAGCCACGAGGAGGAAACGUAACCGCGCGCGACAGGACAGUUAAUCGGCCGCGUGUUCUCUCUUCCAAAGCAAGUUCGAGGUUUGCAGUCGGUCGUGGCGGGACCGGGGUACACGCUCGAACGUUUUAUCCACGAACAGAGGGUUAAUCCUGGGAACGCUCGUAACCGAUUUAGAGAGCGAGACUAGUACGACGGGACGCGCGUAAAACACCGAGCCUCUCGAUAAGCCUUUUACGGAGACAGUGGGUGGAGUGUCCAUUAAGUAAAUAGACUAUGAAAGGAGAGAAUGGAGAAAAAAAAAAGUUAUAUAUAUAUAUAUAUACAUAAAACUAUAUUGUAGAUACAGAAAUGGUAGUUGUAUAGCUUAUAUGCUUUUACUAUUGUGGUUAAUUACUGUCAAAUUCAUCGUAAUUUCAAGAAUGUAUAAACGAGAACGAACGCGAGCGUGAAAGAUAUGGAAAAAUCGGUCCGCGAUUGUGCACAGGACGAUACGAUGUAUUUAAACUUUACCGAGUUUCACGAGAAAGCUAUUAAUUAUACUUCGUUGGACAUCGAUAUACUACUACUAUAUAUAUAUAUACACAUAUAUAAAUAUAUGUAUAUAUAUAUAGGUUCAUAGAUUCUCGUUUUUACUAAAAAAAACAAAAAAAAAAACAACUCAAAUCUUCUCUAUAUAGAUGACUUUUACGGAAAAAUUUUUUAACAUCGCGUAGGACGUGCGCUAAUCAAAAGGUACUACUACAAACGCGAGACCGCGACUCGACGAAGAAAUGGUAUAACGAUACAAGGAACGAGAAAAAAAAACCGGCGAUAUUUUUUUCUUCUCGCGAACACGGCACCGUGAACGCAUCUUUUCUCUCGGUGACGGAUGUCUCUUCGUAAUCGCUUCACUUCGACACGGAUCUUUUUUCGUAGCCGUUAUUUUCUACGCCUCGCAUUAAAGUGAAACGCAAAACGUACCGAAGAAGGAGAAGAAAAACGCCGUGCUAAUAUAAUAGUUGCGCGCGAGCUGACGCACCGGAUAAGUCCAAGCGCGCGAGUAACUAUUCAGGAUCGUCGUACGAAAUGUGUAAAUAACGCGAUAUUUUUUGAAACGUGUGCGUGUGAGAUUGUUGGCGAUCCCCGAGGAGAGCAUUUUGCGAGCGAGACUGCUGUUAGAGCACAAAGUAACAGAGAAAGAAAGAGAGAACGACGAAUAGGUUACAGUAGGCGCGAGAACGAUCGUUUUAGCAAUUUAUUUACGGAUAUACAUUUUAAUUAUUCACGGCCGUGAGAGCGUAAUGAAUUAUUUAUUGUUUUUAUCGAAUAUGUAUUUCGUUUCUACGUGUCCUUUCGCAGCUUUCAACCCGUUUUUAUUGUAUUUAACUGUAUGUAUGAGCUUGUACGGUACGUUUCAGUGGAUUCUUCUCGAACUAUGUGCGCGUAGACACGAUCAAAGAGUGCGAGCUAACGCGCUGGGUUUACGAGACGUCCAAGCGCGGACGUUCACGUUCGUCGAAGGGGAAACCGUUGAUCGGUUCCAUGCGUAAUUAUUAUAUGUGUAAGAAAGUUGGAUCGCGCGUUUCCGUCACGCGAAACGUGUGGCUGCUCGUUGUAUGGUCGCUGGAAGAGAUACAGCAACGCGAAAAGUCAAAGUAUAAGAAUGUCUUUUCCUCUUUGGUAUCGAUGGGUUCGUUAACAACCGUGUAUCGUGUGAAAAAUUCUCAUUCGAUCGUCGAAAUUAAACGAUACUAAGGCAUGGUCCAUACUUGAAUAAAUGCUGACAAUUUAAAAAAAGCCUAUAUGUUUUUGUUCUCUUUUUACAAGAGCACAGUUGAUAAAUCAAUAGCAGAGCUAGGCAAAUCUUAUUCCUGACGAAUAACACUGUUUCUGCCAAAGAUGUUAACAUAUGAUGCCUUUUAAAAUUUUAACUUGAAAUUAUUUUCUGCGCUUGAUCGUUUUUACUUGAUCUGAUAUUAAGUUCCAACCAUGGAUAAUAAAUUAAUUUAUUCAUCGAGUAUGGGAAUGAAUCUACAAUUUGUCUGGCUAGUCCAGCUAAACGCGACUAUUGUGUCGAAUAACCGACGCGAAACGUUGAAUUCGAUAUCGUUCGAACGCGUUUGCGGAAGUUCGACGUAUCGCUUCCAGUGACCACGCGUCGAGGAGGAAGAGAGAUGAAUGAUGAUCCAGCGUUGCAUCGAGCGGUGCUUGGUUCACGUUUGGUGGAUAUAUUGUGUGGUGCAUGGAUGCGUGUCUGCCUGGGACGAGUGCCUGCCUGUAUUUUUUAAUACACAUAUCCGCGUAUUUUUCCUAGAUCGCCGGGCAAAAGAUAUUUAUGAAACGCUGCGAUAUAAUAGUGGUGAAGGAACGAGUGGAGCAGGAAAACGGGAGUAACGCAAGAACGACAGAAGAUGAAUAUAAGAAGAUUUCCUUUAUUUUCAAUUCAUUGUACGCAGAUGCAAUGUAUGUACGGUACAGAGUGUAAUAUAAAAUUGUAAGUAAUAGGAGAGAUCCUGAAUAAUUUACUCGCGUCCUCGCAAGCUACAGUCGCCAAGAUGACGCGUAUACCACGAAACCCGGAGAAAAAAAAAGAGUUAUAUAUAUAAAUAUAUAUACAGUGUGUACACAAGCCAGCACAAAAUUUGCUACAACAUCAACCACGGCGCUAAACAAGUUCCAAUCCUGAUUAAUAAAAUAUGAAUCACCGUUGUUACUCUACCGAUCGGAAGCUUUCGCGCCCUCGUUAGGCACGUUUUGUGUCGGCCUGUGUGCACAUGGUCACACAAAUGCACGCACACACAUAUACACACACGCAUACACACAGAAAAAGACACACGAGCUACCCAACUUUUUCGCUUGAUAUUUCCUAAGAAAGUGAUAAUAAAAAGACUUGAGGAAAUCUGUAAA